AUGGAGCGGGAUCCAUUGAUUUACUGCGCCGUCGUGUGCGUGCUUUCUUGCUUGCAAGUGUUUAUCGUGGCAUUGUUGCACGCUGGGAUACGAGAGUCGCAUGCUGGCCAUUUUCUUCCUGCCAUGAUCUAUCUUUUCAUUACGAUGUGCCUUGCCGAAAUUUUCAUAGUUGUGCUCCAAGCUUACACAGCAGCCAACAUGGAUGUCUUGCCUAUUGUUGUCAAUCUCCCUUAUGACCCCCGUGACCCCCCGGGCUCGGGUUUCAAUCCUGGUGGGAAUGGAAACCAUCCCAAUGGUUAUUCAUUCAGCAUCUCACGCCGUGGCCCCGGACAUGGAGGGUCCUCGACGUCUCGCACUUCCUCUUACACCACUUCUAGCUCUAGUCGAUACAAUCGCGCUGUCUUUAUCAUAGUUGUGCUAAUCGCAAUUAUGUAUUUCCAGUUUGUCUCAUCCCGCGGCAAUGAAUACUUUUGCGAAAUCGACGAGGACUACUUAACUGAUCGAUUCAAUCUUACUGGGUUGAACACUGAAGUUUCAUACUACCAAUACGCUCUUGAUCUUGUGACCGACGUUUUCGACCUUGAUGCCGACGAUGAUCUACGUGAGCAAAUUGAAAAGUCUGCCCGUCAUCUCUAUGGUUUGGUUCAUGCCCGGUACAUUGUUACCACUCGUGGUCUUGCCAAAAUGCUCGAGAAGUACAAGAAGAGUGACUUCGGAAAGUGCCCACGUGUGAUGUGUGAUGGACACGCACUGCUUCCCAUGGGCGAGUCUGACCUCCCGAAUAUCAGCACCGUCAAGCUGUACUGCCCCAAGUGUGAGGACAUCUACAACCCCAAGUCGUCACGCCACUCGUCCAUCGACGGUGCAUACUUCGGUACCUCGUUCCACUCCAUCUUGUUCCAGGUCUAUCCGGCUCUGAAUCCUGAGAAGAGCAGCCGCCGCUAUGAACCCCGGAUCUACGGUUUCAAGGUCCACGCCGCCGCUGCACUUGCCCGUUACCAGGACAACCAGCGCGAGGAACUCAAGUGGCGUCUCGCUGAGGUGGACAUUAACCACCGGUUCAUCGAGGACAGCGAGAGCGAUGACGACGCCCUCGAGUAUGAGGAGGAGUACGGUGUGGGCCAGGCGGCCCCAGCCAAGAAAGACACCGCCCGGGCAUAA